AUGGCUGCCACACGCCUGUUCACAAUCGAGCAAUGCAUUGCGGAAAACAUCCCGCUAUCCGCCGGAUACCGUGACUUCGAAGGCUACAAAGGCAAAUUUCCAGAUCCCCAAUGGCCCGGCAAUGCGAAGCUUUGCGUCAACAUUGUGCUGAAUUAUGAGGAGGGGGGCGAGUACAGUGUGGUCAAUGGGGACAUGCGAUCGGAAACGGACCUCCAAGAGAUCAUGGGCCGUCCCGUGCGCACCGGCCAGCGCGACAUACAGAUGGAAACGCAGUACGAGUACGGUACCCGGGUUGGCGUCUGGCGGGUGGCGCACUUUCUCGAACAACAGAAGAUCAAGGCGACGGUGUAUGCGGUAGGGCAGUCAAUCCUGAAGUCUCCCGAUGCUGCACGGUAUCUAGUGCAGAGCGGGCAUGAGAUCUCUUCUCACGGGUAUCGCUGGAUUGAUCACCAUGCCUUGCCGCUUGCACUUGAGAAGGAGCAAAUCGAGAAGAAUAUUGAGGCUAUCCGCGAAAUCUCCGGCCAGCCACCGCGGGGAUGGUAUGUGGGUCGCCCGUCCAUGUCUAGCAAGGGAUUGGUGUGCCAUGUGUUUGACCAGCAGGGGCUCGAGCUGCUAUACCAAAGCGAUUCGUACUCGGAUGAGCUGCCCUACUGGACAGCGCACCCCUUGGAUCCUCACAAGGGCCUGCUGAUGAUUCCCUAUACGUACGAUGUCAAUGACAACAAGUUUACCACCUCGCCGGGCUUCACUAGUCCCCGUGACUGGUUGGAAUAUUGCAAGGCCGCAUUUGAUGUGUUGUACGAAGAGGGCUGCAACGGUGAACCCAAGAUGAUGACUAUCGGUCUUCACAGCAGGCUGAUUGGCCGGCCUGCGCGCUUCCAAGCACUACGCGAGCUUGUUAAGUACAUACAAAGCCACGAGGGUGUCUGGUUCGCUACUCGUGAGGAAAUUGCUCGGCAUUGGAUCAAGACACAUCCAUUCGAUGAAAACAAAUUGAAUCGGAUCCCGCACUUUCUAUAG